GUUUAUGAGUAUGGUAGUUUGAGUUAUCUCACUCAGCCUCAUCAUAUUCAAGCUGCUACUGCCUAUGAUCCCAUUUGUAAGGUCUGAUCCUGGAUGCAUUUGAACCAUUUGGAGUGUUCUCACUGCUGGCCAGAUUUUCAGAGGUGCUUGGCUCAUAAUGGUAUUUUCAGAAGUGCCGAACAAGCUAGGUACCUACCUCCAAUUGAAAUCAAUGAGAGUUUGGUACUGAUGUGCUUUUGAAGAUCUCACUAGGAGACUAUCUGUAUGUUUAGGCAUCUGAAUUUCUUUGAAAACCUAGUCCUUUCUUUACAAGGAGCAAGAUUGUUUUCCUUAAUUAGACUCUCAAGAGGAGCAAAGUGGGUUUUUUUUCACUUUAGAAUUCUAUAACCAUCCUUUAAAUAAUUUCUUUAAUAAAAAUCAACCAAGUCUUGCCACUCCACCUGUGCUUGUACAUAACUGAGUGUCACUAUCAAAUGCUACAGAGCAGGUUAACUGAUGUGUACAAGCUUAUAGAGCAAGGCAGUCACAGAACUGAAGACAGAAUUCAGUUAUCCUGAUUUACAGAGGAGGCCUACAUAGCCAAUGCAAUAUAGCCAUGUUGGAACAGCUCUCCACCCAGUGGCACUUGGUACCUAGGUGAACUCACCUAGAGCUAAUGUAGGUAUUAUCUACCUGGCAGUGUGUUCCUGCAGUCUCAGGUACCAGACACUGGACCAUAUGCAGACAGAUACCUUUUGCUCUCAGCUAUGCUGGCACAGAUCCAGAAGUUAGUUACUCCAAAUAUAUAUUGACACAGUCAAAAUCAGAGUUUGACUCGGUGUCUCAGUUCUGUGCACAGCAUUGGCACUACUUCAAGGUUUAUCAAGCCUAAGUUUGGACACUUUAACUGUGAUAGCUGUCAUAGGGCCUGAUCCCUCCAGCUUUGUUUUGUCUGAUUAAAUAAAAGGGAACAUAUUUCCUUGCUCAUUUUCAAAUUCUUGAAAACACAAGUGAUCAUAUAGAAAAACUGGGGGCAAAAAUGUAAAAAGUCCAUUCAAGUAUUGUAGAAAACCCCUUCAAGCAUAUGUUCAGUCAUUGUUCUUUGACAGAAUGUAUGGACCAGUUCCUCCGCUAAUGCAAUCAGAUUCUUCCAGGAAAGCUAAUACAAUAGAACUAUAAUUGUGUCCUAGUAUAGUGCUUGAAGCAUUGAUUGUCAUUCACCUGGCAUCCUACUGCAUGGAUUUUGGGAAUGCCCCACAUUGCAACCUUUAUGAGACACAUUGAAAAUGUUAACACUAUUUCUUUCUAGACAAUAUAAUUUCCUUUUCCCUUUCACAAGCAGGUUUGCAGGUAAUGCUAAAUGGGGAUUUUCCCUAGGGAAGAUUUUAUUGAACCGUCUUAUAAUAUUUCUUUUGAAUAGAGUUGUACUAACCACACCAUCAAGGAAUAUGAGAUUCCCCAAAGCAUGCUCUUUCUGAUGCCAGCAAGCUAACUCUUGCAAAUAAAGCCAUUAUGAAGUGAACCUGGGUUCACGAAUGCUUCCUCUUCCUGCCCCCCGCUGUAUUUACUUGCAUGUAAGAUGAGGUUUCUCCACCCCCAGACAGCAUGGGAGAAAAUGCCUCUGAUCUUAUGUUCAAAUACAAUGCAGAGGAAGGAGCAGUUGGCUGCUGCAGCUCCGACUCUGACCCUGAGCCCAAAUAGGGGCCAGAGUCAGACCCACAGCAGCCUCCUGCCCCCCCUCUGCAGCUUCUGUGUCAUUCCCACCCCCAAAUUAUCCCCUGUACUGUCAGGUGCAGCUUGCCUCUAGCUCAGGCUGGGGCACUCCUGCGUACAGAGCACGUGAAAAUUCCUUCUCCUGUCCAGCCAAUCGGCAGCACCAACACUGCUGCAUGCUCAGGUAAGGGCUGGGUUUCGAAGUGCUGUGCUCUGGGAUGAAGAAGCCUGAGCAGGGUCUGACAGCAAGUAGGGGGCCAGGAAAAGAGACAGACUGGGAAGUUGAGGAGGAAAGUGGCAGAGACAGGGGAGUGGGGAGAAAGGCAGACUGGAGAGCUGGGAGUGGGAGGCGGCAGGGGGGAGAAGUGGGCAGAGCAAAGUACAAGGGGACCCUCUAUCGCCCCCCCCAGCCACUGGUUUCUGUAAGGGAGUGGGAUUCAAGACAACCGUGCAAUAUUUAUAUUCAGUACCUGGAAAAUUAUAACAUUUUCCAGUUUUUCCAUAUUUUCCAUAUAUAGAAUCUAAUUAUUGGACAUCAUCUUAUAUUCAGGGUCAUCUUAUAUUUGAGUAAAUACAGUAUGGGCAUACGUACAUACAUCUUAGUCUUUAAAGGUGUAUAUCUACCCUGCCUUCUGAAAGCUAUUUUGCCCAUCUUCCCCACCAAGGUUUUCCUCUGUAUCAAGAUCUCAGUUCUAUAAUGGGACCUAAAUUUCUUAGGGUCCUUAAUCUUUAACAUGUCUGUCAUUUAAACUGAUGGCAUCAAUUUACUUUUUCAUCUCUCCAGUAAGGUAGCAUUUCUGAUGGCUGUUACCUCAGCAAGACGAGUGAGUGAGAACCAAGCUGUUAUGGUGGAUCCCCCAUAAACAAUUUUCUAUUUGGACAAGGUGGUGUUUCUGCUGAAAAUACUGUGAAUUCUACCUCAGCUAGCAGAUGGCCCUCCUGAUCAUCUUUCCCAACCCUAUGGCUCUGAGGCUUUCUAUCAUUGCCUUAAAGUCCAGAGGGCUUCUAGCCUUUUAUUUGCAUGGGAUUAAACCCUUUUGAAACUUUCCGUACUUGUUUAUACAUGUGAUGAGUGGCUCCCCAUUCGGUACCAUCUGUCACCAGGAGGAGGAAGCUCAAUGUGGGGAACUCUGCAACUGUGGAGCCUAGACUUGUCCCUGGUUACCUCACGCCUCUGGACAAAUUCGUCUGGGCAGCAUCUAUUGAUUCCCUAAGAUGCCUUCAAGGAGCGAUGGCCCAUCUUGGAAGUUCUCUCUAGUGUCCCCUUGUGGAUUCUUACUUCUGAACCUAUGGCUCCCAUCUCCUUCCCUGUGCUUUCCAUUGUCCCGAGUAUAGCUGUAGCUGUCCCCUGAUAUUGGAAAGGGCUUUCGGCUUUGGGGAAGAAGCCUAAAAUCCAUUUCCCAUCUUACAUCAGAAUUGUAAACAUGGUGGCCCAGUGGUGCCCAACCUUUUUUGUCCAGUGGGAAGGAUUGGCAGUGCCUAAUCCAUCCACAGGCCAGAUCCAGCUGAUAUUCUCAUUCAGGCAUCAUGGGUGCUAUCUGACUGUGGAGUGGAGUGAGGGACAGACUGGCCCUGACCCAGCCCUGUGGAGGGAAGUAAGUGUGGUCAGGCCCCAACCCAGCCCUCCCAGAAGGGAAGGAGGCGUGGCCUGGCCCAACCUAGCCCCAUGAGGGAGAAGGGGGCAUGACCCAGGCCCUGAUCAAGAAACAGAGAGGGGCAUGGGGGUGGGGGGCAUAAUUUGGCUCUGACUGGCAGUGCAGAUAUUGGGGUUUGGGAAUUUAGCAGCGGGGGAUGGUAGUCUUAUUAAUGGCCAUUGCUGGCAAAUUUCCAGGCCUGUAGGGAGCCCCAGAGGUUGAGUACCCCUGUUGUAGCAUAAUCCAUAGCCCACCCUCUAGUAACAGGGAGGGACUCCAGCAUUUGAUGAAGUCAAAAGCCCAACUAUCCGCCUAGACCUAGGAUUGCAGUAGAUGCUCCAGCUGGGGAUGAGCCAUCCUGGUUACCAAUGAAGGGCUUCUACUUUGAAUGGAAGUCCCAACAAAGCCAUAAAACCAUCAGAACAGACAGUGAUGACCUAUCUGCUCAACAAAUCUGAUGAGCUUGCAGAUUGCUCUGAACCCAGCACCUUGCCUUGACUCUGGUCCCUACUUUUGUUCCCUAUUCCUGCACUCCUGGUAUCAGUGUUCAUCUUGACUUGCUCCUGACUGUGACUCCCAGUUCCUGAUACUGACUUCUUGACGUUGACUUGUUCCUGUCUGUCACCUGCUCCUGACCACAUCUGGAUUCUGGCUUGAUCACCAGCUCCAGACUGUCUUGACAUGUGCGUCUGGAGUCAGGUUCCUGACCCCAAACCUAACUGCUAGGCCUAGCUGCCUGUUGCCCUCUUGUGAUAGUAGCCAUAGGCAAAAGAUUGUAAGGCACAGCAAUUUGUCCCCAGAGACUGUCAGGCUAGAUCUCAGAUUGUAUUUAAUUGUGUUAUGAGACUGCCAAGGUGAAGUCACCAUUUGAUUUGGUCCACUGCACUUGAGGCUAUGUAGCCUUCUUGUAUGGGGUUUGUCUAACAGACAUCUGUAGGACAGCAGUGUGAAGUACAAUCCAAGCCUUUGCUAAGCAUUGUGCAGUGGGGGAGAUUUCAUGGGGUGAUGCUGCUAGAGCACAUCUUUUUUUUGCCUAGGGAAUUCCAAGACUUACCUCCAAAUGAUGGUGAAUUAUGCUUUGGAGUCCCCUACAUAGGAAAAUGUGUGUGUGGACAGUUAUUGUAAUAAAAAAGGAGGUUACUCAAGUUCUUCAAGAUGCAUUGUCCACAGUCACCCUUCUUUUUCUUCUUCCUUAAGUCAUAUAAAUAGGAGCUCUGCAGUUGAGAAGAAACUGAGGAGUAGGAUGCAUACAUUGAAUAUCCUUCAGUCCUGAGCAUUGAGGAUGACGGGCAAGAAUGGAGUAUAGGACUAUAGGAAAUCAGGGCUGGAAGGGACCUCACAAGGUCAUCUAGUCCAGCUCCUUACACAAGGCAGGAUCAUUCCUGACUAUACCACUCCAGCUGAGUGUCUACCUAACCUGCUUUUGAAAAUUUCCAAGGAUGGGAAUUCCAUAGUUUCUCCAGGUAGCUUGUUCCAAUGUUUGAUCGCUCCUGGAAAGUUGCUUUUGAACUGUUUUUAGUUGUUGUAUGGACAAUACAUCCUUGUUCUUUCUCCUUAUCUUGAAACUGUAAAGGGGAGAAAAGAGCAGAGCUGGCCUUAGGGGUGGGUGACAUGAGUCUCCCAGGGUGACUCAUGUCACCCAGGGUGCUGUGGUCGGGGUGGGGGACAUACAUGCACACACAUGUAAGCAGCCCACACACACAGCAGUGCUCUUUCCCACCCCUGGCUGAUCCCUGCCCCAGGCAGGAGGAGCAGUGCUCAGCCCAGCCUGCCCCAACCCAGUCGCUGCUGAGGAGGAGCUGGGCUGGGCUGGGCAGUGUGGGCAGCAGCAGUGGUGCCUUCCUGCUCUUCUCCCUGGCACACCAUACUGCUUUACCUCCCUGCCAGACUGCCCCCUGCCUUUGCCUGCAGAAGCACCUUGGGGGAGGGAGGGGAUGCCAGGGGGUGCCAAAAUACAAGUUUGCCCAAGGCACCAUUUUCCCUAGGGCCAGCUCUGGAUAGGAGUUCCCUCUUUUAUUAACUCGGAAGGACUUCAAUGCUGGUAUAAAGAACUUCAGUAGACAAAACAACAAAAGUAAUAGGGAAAAUCUAUAUUCAAGUAACUAUCUGCAGGCCCUAUGAAAGCCAGUGUUUCAUCCAGAGCUGGGAAGAAAUUUAUGACCAUUUCCAGGGGCAGGUCCAGAGGGGAUGCAGUGGUGUGACACACCCCGCUUUCAGGCAACCAUGCUGUGGAAGCAGCAGCAGGGGACAUUUUUUAAGUCCUUGAAACAAGUAAGAAUCUCACCCCCUCUCCCCCUUUCCUCUAUGCUCAGCAGUACCUCCCCUCUCCCCCACACACCGCUACUGCUGUCUCUAGUUGCCCCCAAGGUAGGGGCCAGGGGAGUUGCUCCAGAGUCGCUCCCGUUCACUCCAGCCAGGCUCCGUGCAAAGCCAGGCUCAGCCAGAGACAGCAGCAUCAGGAGAUGGGUCCUUCCUUCCUGCCCAGUUCCCACCCCACCCCUGUGUUCCCUGCUAGCCAGAAAGCAGGCACAGGUGAAGGGAGUCCACCUGCUGCUGCUGUCUGUAGCCAAGAUUGGGUCCAUGUGCUGCCUGGAUGCAGUGGGGCAGGAGCAGCUAUGGGGCCUCCCCGCUGCUCUUGGGUCAGCUGGGGACAGUAGAAGAGCAGCAGCAGCAGUAGGGAGAGGACGGAACAUGCCACUGAGCAAAGAGGGGAAGGAAGGGGGGAAGGAAGAGUCUUCACUGCUUGAGGGACUUAAAAAAGUCCCGUGCUGCUGCUCCUGCAAUGUGGUCUGCCCACCUUGGUUUUGGAGGGAGGCUGGGAGCUGGGGGUGCAGCCACCCCUGCAGUGCAGGUCGCUGCUUCUGCACCCUGCUUUCUGAAAUCUGGGAUCCAUUUCCUAUUUGAUUUUUUUUAAACUGGUUCUGAGGGAUGACAGUCCUCUAUCAGUACAUAAACUUUGUGUCAUCAGCAUUUUCACAGUUUUAUUUAGAUAUCAAAGAUAGGGGUAAUUUUCCUAGGCUAUCUUCUGAAAUUUACGUGAUGAUAAGAGUUGUAUUCAAACUAAUGUUUUUAAAUUGUACUGUAGCUUUAUAUUGGCCCUGGGUGGGUAUUCAUUUAAUGUUGUUUAAAUUCCAGAUUAACCAGAGUCAAUAAUAAAAGUGAAAGAAAAAAGUCACAGUAUAGCUAUGGAAAAGAUGUUUAUAUUAGCUACUGAACACUCAACUGGAUAAUAGGCAGAAAGCAAGGUAAACAUGUACCUUAUAGACUAACUAAUUCAGAGGUGCAUCAUUCAACUGGAUGAUAACAACUGUAAGUCAGGACCCACUCAGGGUGUGUCUACACAUGCAAUUAAUGUGACUGAAUAUACUCCAGCUCACUUUGGGCCAAAGUAAACUAAUCCUGAUGUCACUGUCUACACAUGUGUUUAAGCGCAGGAAUUUACUGUGCUGCUGGAUAACAUUUGUACCUGACAGGACUAUCAGGCAGCACAGUAAAUUAGUCUACUACACCCUAAUUGCCUGUAUGGGUAAACUGUGAUGAUUUACUGAGCAAUAAAUUAGUCUGCUGUUCAGUAAAGUGUCUCGUGUAGACAUGCCCUGGAUGACUUAAGCUUGAAACCUCUGUAUUCCUUUGUAGAUCCCCUGAGUCAUCCAGUCCCUCAAAUAAAGCAUGUUACUUUCAUGCUUUGCCUCUGAAUAAAGUUGUAUGACAAUUGUUUCCCAAAGAGAAGAACACAAUUAAAAAAAAUAAAACAUCAAUGAACUCAGCUUUACUGAGUUGUUUUCAUAAACUAGCUAAAUAAGGGGUGGGAACAAAAUAUGUAGCCUGUAUAUACAUGGCAGUUAGAGGGGGGUGCACGUGUCAACCUCAACAUGAUUUAUUUUUUGUGCUGUCUUUCAGUUAUAGCAGAACCGUUGAUUUUAUUUUCCUUCCAGCCUAACCAAACUACAGCUUUUCCAAUUUCUGUAUGUGGCACAAGUACAUUUCUGUUUGCUGCAGCACUGGCUGAGUCAUUUAGAGAGAGGUGUGGAGCAAUCGAAAAUACCUAUCAACACCAUUAAACCACGACAUAGAAAGGAAGGCUGCUUCAGGAAGCAACUGAUACAGUCAACGGAAUCCUGUGUAAUAGUGUGAUGUAAAAGAUUUAAUUAAGCAUGUAUUUGUAUUUGUGAUGUUCAUUUGCACAAGAAGUGCAAGAAUUCCUAUUCUCUACUAUGCAAUUUUCUCUGUGUAGCAUGCGACUAUCAUAGCAGACUACUACACUGUGGCGAUUGCAAGUACAAUUUUUGUACUGAUCAUAAUUUAAAAUGACUAGUACCUUUCAAAGUAGGAGUGAUUCAAAGUUGUUCCCAUCUUUGAAGUAUUACAAACAUGAAUUAAGCCUCCAAUACCCAUCAAAUAAGUCCACAAAGUACUGGUAAGUAGCAUUUUUCACAGAUGGGAAAACUGACCUACGCUGAGGUUAGAUGAAACACCAAAGGCCAAGCAAGAAGUCAGUGUCAGAGAAGAUUAUGUUCUGUCUUCCCAAAAUGUGAUCAUUUCACUAGUCCAUGUAGUACUUGGAGCUAAGGGCAUUACCAGAAAAAGGACCGUUUCCUUGAGCGUGUCUGCGCUGCUGAAGAUGUUUUUAGAUAAAUCGAUGAGACUUCUCUUCAAGUCUCAUUCAUAACAUCCACAGGAGGUAGCAGGGCACACCCAAUUUCAUUGGUUUCAUUGUCUCUCGGUCACACUGAUUUCUUUACCUUUUAACCCCACCUAGUAUAUAAAAUGGGAAGAAGGAGACAGAAGAGACGCUUGAAUUUCCUUUCUCUGUGACCGAUCCUAGAUUGGAACCGGUGCACUCCUCAAAGGGUUGUGGUUUCUGAAGCUGUCUGAAGAGUGCCAGAGACUGGCCCCUCCACGGUGGGGACACAGCCACGGGGUUGGCUGCUGAAGUUUCCCUUGGACUUCACCCUCUGGCGGCUGGCUGGGGAAGUGCUGCUCAGCCUGGGACCAUGGGCUCCAACAGCAUCUCCCACAUGAAAGCCACUGGCAACUUCUCUGUCAGUCCUAACGACUACAUCAUUCACAAGCAUUACAACUACACAGGAAAGCUAAACGACAAAGUGGACAGUGGAAUAAAAGUGACCUCAGUGGUUUUUAUCAUCAUUUGCUGCUUUAUCAUCUUAGAGAACAUUUUUGUCCUGCUGACUAUCUGGAAAACCAAGAAGUUUCACAGACCCAUGUACUAUUUCAUUGGAAACUUAGCUCUUUCAGACUUGUUGGCUGGAGUGGCGUAUAUUGCCAACCUCUUAUUAUCCGGACCCAAAACCUACACUUUGUCCCCUCCCCAGUGGUUUCUAAGGGAAGGCAGCAUGUUUGUUGCCCUGUCAGCUUCUGUGUUCAGCCUCCUGGCUAUUGCCAUUGAGAGGUAUAUCACCAUGCUGAAGAUGAAACUCCACAAUGACAGCAACAGUUUCCGCUCCUUCCUGCUAAUCAGUGCCUGCUGGGUUAUCUCCGUGAUACUAGGGGGUCUCCCUAUCAUGGGAUGGAACUGCAUUGAUUGCAUGCAUAAGUGCUCUACUGUGCUGCCCCUCUAUCAUAAGCAUUAUAUUCUUUUUUGCACCACCGUUUUAAACGUCCUAUUGUUGUCCAUUGUGGCCCUGUAUUGCAGGAUCUAUUCCAUGGUCAGGACUAGGAGCCGCAGCCUAACAUUUCGGAAAAAUAUUGCCAAAGCCAGCAAGAGCUCAGAAAAGUCCCUUGCCUUGCUCAAGACAGUGAUCAUUGUCCUCAGUGCCUUCAUUGUUUGCUGGGCACCCCUGUUCAUCCUGCUUUUGCUGGAUGUGGGGUGUAAAGUGAAGGCCUGUCCAAUCCUUUUCAAAGCGGAGUAUUUCCUAGUGCUGGCUGUGCUCAAUUCCGGCACCAACCCAAUCAUCUAUACCCUCACCAACAAAGAGAUGAGGAGGGCCUUCUUAAAGAUCAUGCUUUGCUGCAAAUGCCCCUCUGCAGACUCCGGGACCAAAUUCAAAAGGCCAAUUAUAGGAGGGAUGGAGUUCAGCAGAAGUAAAUCUGACAACUCUUCCCACCCACAGAAGGAGGAGGGUGACUGCCCAGAGACGAUCGUGUCUUCAGGCAAUAUCAACUCAUCUUCCUAGACAUACCCACGGGGGCUGGUUUCAAAGCCUCUGCUUUGAAAUCUGACAGGCAAGAAGCCUCUUGCUCACAGUAGCUAGGCAGGGAAGUGGCGUACAUGAGCAAGGUAGCAUUAGUUCUGAAGAGGCCUAUAGUGCACUUGUGUGGCUGGAGUUCAAGAAGUGGAACAGACUGUUCUGGCUUGAAAACAUUUCCCCCUGGAGCAUGUUUUGUCUUUGCACUGAAGCAGUUCAAAAUUGUUGGGAGCAUUCAGAGCCUGAAGUCUCCUUAGUAACUCAGAAAGACUGAUGCCUUGGUGGAAUGAUGCCUGUUGUGUGUGCGAGUGGAAAAGGGGAAGGGGGAAGGGGAGAAUUUACUUUUUUGUUGUUCUUUGAGAAGAAUGUGAAGUUAUUUUUCCUUUCAACUGCAGUGAGCCCCUUACACAAAGCUAUUUCUGUACCAAGUUUAGUGGUAGCUCUGGCAUCCUUGGUCAGAAGAGUUUCUUUAGCAUACGGUAAAGAAAGAAAUCCCGCCCAUGUAAUCUAGAUCAUGGUCAACCACAGUUUGGCUUCCCUCCAACUGAGUUUUUAAAUGUCACAAGCUUUCUUUGGUAGAAUCCAAGAGGGUUUAUUUUGUUUUAUUUUUUUUUACCCAGAUCAUAUCAAAUUUUUCUGAAGGUUCUUAUUACUGGUUAAGAACACGAACCAGACUUUGCAUUUGGCUCCAGCCCUGCAACUCUUGAAAAAAUCAACAGACUUUUCUGGAGAAUUAGCUCAGAGCAGCAUUUGGUCCUACAUCUCUUUUGACUUGCUUCUCAUGAAAUAAGUUGUUACCACAAUUGCAAGAGAGAACUAAAGUUCUUUGCUCUUUUAGAUGAUUCUCACACUUGCAAAAGUAAGUAUAAUAGUAUUGCAUACUGUUGAUGUCAGUGGGAAUUGUAAUCAAGCAAGAAUUUCAGGGCUGGUCCACAGUGUUUCCAAAGAUAAAGACUGAUGAUAAAAUAUGAACAGAAGAUCAUGGGAAUCAGAAAAAUUAAAAAAUAAAUUGUUGUUAGUCCAAGUGAAAUUACAAUAGUUUGAUCUUACAAACACAUUUCCCUACAAAAUGCAAUACACGUUUUGGCACUUACGCUGGUGUUUUUAAGUUUCAGAAUGUUUAGAAUUUGAGCAAAGGUGUUUGCAAUUUUUCAAUCCACAUCAGUCAGUCCUUGCAUUACAUUGAAUGUAUUUGUUUUACAACAUUGUUUCUAUUCUGCAUUUUCUAACCUGUGCUAAUGGGGUUGAAUGUGUACAAUGUAAGUGAGUUAAUAAGAUGCAGGAGUCUUCAUGCACAUAGAGCAUUAUGAUAACAAAAUUAGCGUAUCUGGGAUAGCUGAGAACAAUUGAUUAAUGUACAGCUAUUGGUGAUUCCUAGAGGAGUUGUUUUGUAAAAAAAUUGCUGCCUUUGUAGUAUGAUUUUCAGUGCAAUUAAACUGAUUUUUUUCUUGUUUUAAAAAUAGUAUUUAAAAUGUUUCUGACUUUUAUUGUUCAAUUUGCACAUGGCUUUAUUGACUUAUAAAUAUUAAUAAACUGAUUUUUCUUUUCUUUUUUUUUUAAA